AUGAUGGAUUUUUCUACCAUUAAUGGUGAUUUGAAUUAUCAUACACUCCAUACAAUGGAUAAUUUGUCCAAGACAUAUCCAAGCAACAAUUCCUCAAGCCUGUUUGCCAAGUCAAUUUUUCGGAACUUAAAACAUACUUUUAUAUCAACAAAUAAAGCUACGGUUUCUGUUUUUGAACCAGCAUCUAUUAUUUCCAGUACCACCCAACCUACAAUAAUUCCGUAUCGAUGUGAAAACUCAAUUUUUAGAAAGAAGCCAAAGCUGGUUAGUUGUCCAUCUACUGAAGAAUUGGAAAAGAGCCUUGAGAUUUGGAAAAUGGAAGGAACCAAAUACUCAGGUGAACAAAGAAGACACUUUAAGCCAUUCAAAGUAUUAUUCGAUAGAUUAGAGACAAUCAACUAA